AUGCUUAUAGAUAAAAUCCGCAAGAAGUAUGCAGGUCUUGGCGACACGGUGGUGUCGGUCCGGUUGGAGCGGUCCCCUCGUGGUGGACUGGGGCUCAGUCUCGCUGGACACCGGGACAGGAGCCGGAUGGCCGUGUUCAUUUGUGGCCUUCACCCAGCCGGCGCGGCUGCUAAGGCCAAUCCACCUGUUAAAGUCGGCGAUGAGAUUCUUGAGGGUAAUAAAAUUCCCGAGCGUACGGCGCGUAGCGUUCCGCGCGCGCCUCAAAGAGCCAAUAGACCACCACAGACGGGGCCCUAA